AUGGAAGCACUGGUGCCGCACUACUCGCCCGUGCGAUCGUGCGCGGUUGGCAGCCAGAUCACGACAGACUGCGCACCAGCGUACAACCAGCAUUCGCACCAACACAGGCAGGAGAGCGAGGUCGAGCUGUAUGUGCUCGAGCUGGCCAACUCGCCCUCGAGCGAGCUGCUUGGCGCCGCCACGAGCGACGGCCAGAUCCGCAUUCUGGACAAGGCCUCGCUCCGUGUAGUGGGCAUCCUGCCGGGACACGCAGGUCUCGCGGGUUACCUUCGCGCGAUCCAACCCAAACCUGCUCAUGUCCGCCGGCACCGACGGCCGCGUGCUCGUGCUCGGCUGGGACCUGCGCACCGCGUUCGCCGCAUGGAUGUGGCCUGCGACGAUGUCCUCGUGGCGGCCGGCACCGAGCUCAGCGGCGACUCUGGCUCCAUCUUGAUCUGGGACUCGCGCGCAAGCCGCAAGACACUACACACAUUCCACGAAUCGCACACGGACGAUGUGACGAGCCUCGAGUUCCACCCGCACGCCCCGGCGCGGUUUGUCACUGGAUCCGAGGACGGUCUUGUCUGCCUGUUUGACCUGAACGUCGACAUGACCUCCCAGGUCCCUACCGACAUGGUUGUCGAAGAAGAAGCCACCCCCGAAGAGAAAGCCACCUUGGCGGUGAUGAACGCCGAGGCCUCCGUCCACCGAGUCGGCAUCUUUGGACCCUCCGGCGAGUUUGUCUACGCCCUCACUGGCUCGCAGGAGCUCCGAUUGUGGAAUGGUGCCGAGGCGAGCCAGCUAGCAGCGUAUUCAAGCGUCCGAGAAAGCCUCAACGAGCACUGCAUGAACGCCAACGCACAGCAGGCUGGCGUGGAAGCGCCGCAUGUCGACUACCUAAUUGCCACCAAGUACCACGCUCCGUCCGAGCGCUUUUACCUGAUUGGAGGAGAUUUUAGCGGUGGAGUGCACUUUGCCCAUGUAUCGCUGUCGAGCAUUGACUACAUUCGCUCGCUCCGCACCAGCGCCCACAAUGCCGUUAUUCGCUGCGUCGACUGGGAUGGCCCAGAAAGUCUUCUGUAUACCGGAGGCGAAGACGAGCUUGUGUGCCAAUGGAGUGCAGAGCGAUAA